AUGAAAGACAAGGCAGCAACUCACAGCCCCUCCGGGGUUGCUGCCUGUCGGCUGCUGCUGCUGCGGCUGCUCCGCAGCGGCUACACCGCAGCAGAAGCGAUAGCAGCGCUGAAAGAAGGGCAGCUGCUGCAGCAACAGCAGCAGCAAGAUCUGCUCCAUGCGCUCUCGGGGCUGCUGGAUGAGUGCAUGCAGCAGCAGUCAGAAGAUGACCCACAACUUCCGAGCGGUGCUGCAUCAAAGCAGCAGCAGCAGCAACAGCAAGACGAUGCUGAGAACGAGAGGCCUUCACAGCAGCAGAGAGAGCUGCUGCCAGAGGAGGAGCAACCGCCUCCCGCCAAGCGGGCACGUGCUGCAACAACGGGAAGCAGCAGCAACGACGGAGCAGCAGCAGCAGCAGCAGCAGGGCUGCAACAGCUGGGGGCCGGUGGGGUGCUGUCGCAGGAGCUGCUGUCUUUGCUGGUCGCGCUGCUGCAGCAAGUGCCUGCAGUUCCUGCUGCGCUGUCAGCAGAGUCUGCUGCAGCAGCAAACAGCUGCUUGCGGCUCUUCUUCUCCCACCUUUCGGGCGUGCGAGCAGCAGCAGCAGCUGCAGCAAAUUCAGCAGCAGCAGCAGCAGCAGAAACCAUGGAGACCUUCAGCAGCAGCGAGGAGUGGCAGGCUCUCAUGGAGCGACGCGUUGCUGCCUUCUGCCAGCUGCUGUCUGCGUGUCGGCGGUCUGCUGCUGCUGCUGCCCCAGUAGGAGCAGCAGCAGCAGCAGCAGCAGAUGAGGAGGCGCUGUGGAAACGCUGCAGCAGCCAGCUGCUGCUGCUGCGGCAGUGGGCGAAGUUCUUUGCUGCUGCUGCUCAAGACAGAGAGGCCCUCGUUAGCCGCAUCGCCGCCAGCAGCCACCUGCAGGCCCUGUCCACAAUGCUGCGAGACAGAAGCAGCAGCAGCGGCGAGGAGGACGUGGAGGAAGCUUUAGGCCGGGCCUUCGCGCUGCUGCAGCAGGGGCUGCCCACCAUCGGCAGCAGCCCGCAGGCUGCUGCAGCUGCUUCAAGAGACGCUGAAGCAAAGCUGCGAGCUGCUGCAGACCGGUGGAAGGCCGAGCAGGAACGACGACGACAGCAGCAAGAGGAGAUCCUGCGGCGCAGCGCCUUUUCCAGAGCAUGUGUGGCCUUCGUGCUGCAGCGGCAGCAGGAGCAGCAGCAAGCUGCAGCAGCAGCAGCAGCAGCAAACUUCGGCACUCCUGCAGCAACUGCUGCUGUCGCCCGCAGCAGAUCCUUGGGCCACCCCUUCUACGUUCUGGGCAUAAACCCGCACACCGCGACGGAGAAGCAUAUUGUAGCAGCAAGGAAGAAGUGGCGGGCGCUGCUGCACCCCGACAAGUUCCACUCUCAGGAGGCCGAAAUGCAACAGCAAGCCACGGAAGCUUUCAAAGCAUACGAAGAAGCUUGCGCAGAGGCGCUGCGGCUGCUGCGGGCCCGUGCUAUGGACAUCACGUGGGCUGUGCCGCCCCUGCCUCCGACACCAGAAGCAGCAGCAGCAGCAGCAGCUGCGCCUGCUGCUACAGCUGCUGCAGCAGGGGCAGCAGCAGCAAGCAGCACGUCUCCGCUCAGCGGGGGCGGCGCCAACGGCAACAGCGGCAAUGGCAGCAGUAGCAGCAGCAGCAACAGCAGCAACAGCAGCAGCAGCAGCAGCAACAGCAGCAGCGGCACGCAAGUGCCAACUAGCUUGUACAUGCCUGACGCUGCAGUGGAGCCUCUCCCGCGGCGGCGGGCGACAGGGGCGUUUCGGGUGUAUGUGUAUGCUGCGUCUGCUGCUGCUGCUGCUGCAGACAGCGGCGACGCAGCAGCAGCAGCUGCUGCUGCCUUUCGCUGCAUCACAAAGGUCUGGGUGUACGUACACCGCCCGGUACGGGGAGGGCCCCCCGUGGCGCUGCAGCCUGCUGCUGGCAGCCUGAGCUGCGUGCUGCAGCAAGAUGUGCUGCUGGCUGCAGCAGGCGACGACGCUGCAGCAGCAGGACGCAGCAGCAGCAGCGAAAUCUACCUAGACGUUGCAGCAGUGCAGCCGCUGGCCCUCGAGAAGCAGCAAAGAUACUGGGUGGGCAUUCAAGUGCAAAGCAGGCGGAAGCACAUGUCUUUGAUUAGCUGGCUGCCGCUGCAGCUGACGGUGUCAGUGCCGCCGCUGCCGCCGCUGCAGGAGCCGCAGCAACAGCAGCAGCAGCAGCAGGAGGACAGCAUCUUCAGCGACGAUGAGGGCACCAAGAAGAAACACAAGAGGAGGCAGCAGCAGCCGCACGAGCUGCUGCAGACAGCAGCCAAAGCGUCGCUGGCGCAGCUGCAGGCCUUUUCAGGGGCCCCCUUCUUAUCCUCGCCGCAGCAGCAGCAGCUGCUGCAGCAGCUGCAGCGCCUGCAGCACCACGCUGCUGUUGCGCUUGACCCCCACCAAACAGCAGCAGCUGCAAGCUGCCGCGCUGCUGUUGUAGAAGCCAGAGAGCUGCUGCAGCAGUGCAUGCAACAGGCGGAGGCCUGGGCAGAUGCGUCCAUCGACUGA